AUGGAGGACUCAGCCUGCACUACGGAGUCACAGGGCCAAGAUCGCAUAGAGCAUGACACAACAGAACAGCAGUAUUCGACCCCUCAAAAUAUAGCGGUGCAACCAUCAACACCACAAGAUGAGGUCAAUCAGCGAGAGCUCUUCAUCUUAGAAGAUCAGCCGCUACAUCAUGGAGACACUGCCAGUAUCAUCAAGCUCGUCGCAGACUCUGGUGCACGAUGCAUCGACGACAGUCCAGCGCCAAACGAUAUUCAGCCAACCACAGCUAUAGAAUGCUUUGUAGAAGAAGACAAAGAGGACGGAUCUGAGUCUGAGGACAAAAAUGAGUACUAUCAAGAACAACACGGUGACCAUUGGGAUGAGAUUGUAUAUUGGAGUCCAUGGACAAACUGGGUGCACGACGGAGAUGGAUGGCCACACAAUUUCAUGCGAUCUCGGGAGCUGAGCAAAUCAAACGACGAACUCCUGAACGAUUCUGAUAACAAGCGCUGGCUGCGAAAACUCUCACAGUUUCACCGAAAGGAUCUUCCAUCGCUGAAAGUCUGGGCGAAAGGCAACCCCAAAUUACCACUCUUCAAAGAUGACGGGACCGGAGAUGAGUAUCAACUCCAUCUUCAACCAGGGCUGCUCGCUGGCCUGGCCAAGAUCAAUUGCCCCAAGAACAUGGUCCCAAGCCCUGAAGACCAGAAUCCGUGGCAACAUAGGGCAGACCCUCUUUAUCAAGUCAGAUACCGACUGCCAUCGGAUGGCGCCGCGAGGCGGGAGCCAGCUUCCAUUCCCAAGUUCAUCAUACCAUUGGGCAAGCUAGCAGUGCGAACGUCCCUGCGAAAGCAAUGGCAGACGUUGUGCACCAAGCAAGAACCUCCCCCAACUGAGAUUACAGACUACCUGGUUGUGAUAGAUGCUGGACACGAAGAUCUUCCUGUGUGGAUCCUCGUCUCACAAUCCAUUCUGAAAGAUCGCAUGGAACACGAAGGCAAGGACUACCCGCAGCUACCCAUAUUCAACAAUGCGUUGAGGAAUGAGGAAUACGGAUUCGAUACCGCAUGCAUCUUCAGAUCCAUCCGCGACCUAGCACAGCCUGAUUUUAGCGAGGCCUGCAAAUUGGUGGGAAACACUCGCUCUGUUGCUGACCCGAGAAUCAUGUAUGUCGGCGAGAAAAAGAUGGCAGAGCUUUCUGGGGUGGAACUUCCUAAGGAUUGGAGUGUCACAAAGCCAGAUGAAGAGAUUCUGCCGGAACCAGUUGAGGCAGAUUUGGAUCACUAG